GUCUACGUGGUGAGGUUUGGAACCACUAACCCGGUUGUACACUUAUCACAAUGGUUGAGACCCGUAGUGGGAGAGAGACUAGUCCCUACACCCCUGAGCAGCAAGCAAAGAUGGCCGCCUUAGUGAAAGAGAACAAGGAGAAAAAAGAGCGCGAGAAGAAGGCGAAGCUAAAGGCUAUCGCAGAUGAGCAAGCGGCGAAGAUGAAGAGGUUGGAGGAGGAGAUGAAGAGGGUACAACAGGAGGAGGAAGAAAGAAGCAAGGUUGCUGAAGCAGAAGCGACAGCAGAAGAAGAGAAAGAGAGAAUGAGAAUUGAGAGUGGAGAAGGGAGCAGUGGUGGCACGAUGAAGUGGGAGACAGAUACUGAGCUGGAGAAGAAGAUCAGCGAGUGGGUCGCUAAUUUAUCGUUGGGGGAAGAUGAGGAGGCGGAGUCAUAUGUGACUAAGGAUGAGAAGGCUGCCCUGGCCGCUGAGCUAGCAGCCAUGACAGACCCAAUGGAACGAAGAGAGAGGGAAGACGAGCAAAAGUUAGCAUGGAAGUUGAGAAUGAAAAGGGAGAAGAAGAGGAGGAGAGAGGAAGUGAAUAAGAUGACCGCAGCAGUGGCAAAGGUGCAGGAGUGUAGAGCGGAGGUGCUGGCCCAACCAAAUGAUAAGGCCAAGUGGGACAAGGUACUGGGCUAUCUAGAGGUGUUGAGCAAGGCCUGGAUGGAGGAGCGCCAGGCAAGUUGGAGCCAAGAUGUAGCGUUGAGUGCCAUGCGGUCUGGUUUCAGGGAUUUUGCGCGAGAGGUCGUCACCCACAUUGGCGGCAAAGUCAAGCAAUUGAGAGACAAUGUAGGGAAGUUUUGUGAGGGCGCCAUCCAGGGUGCCAAAGCUGUAGGCGCCACAGAGGGAGAGGCCAGGCCCCAUAAGGACCCAGUGAAGCUUAAGUUUCCGGAUGCGUACGGGGGAAAGAAGGAAGAAAACUUUGACAACUGGGAAGCCAGUGUCAAUAGUGUGGCAGAAGAGUUAAAGGAGAGGAUGCCAGCCUGGGCCAAAAUGAAAAGGGAGAGUAAGGGACAGCUGAUUUUGGUAGAUGUAGAGGUGUCCAGAAGUAGAGUAGGGGCCCUUAUAGACUCGAGGGCUACCCGUAGUUACAUUAGCCGUAGGGCGCUGAAGAAGCUGAGGCUAGGACUAAAGGUCAAGAAACUAGUAGACCCCAUAGUCAGUGUCCUCGCAGACAACCGCACGAUGCGCGUUGAGGACUACGUAGAGGGAGUCCAGGCGUACUUUCGCCUAGAGAAGAAUGGAAAAGUGGAGAACGUCCUCCAUUCUUUGACUCUCCUUGUGCAAGAUGACCUUCCUUUUGAUAUAGUGUUGGGAAUGGAUUGGGGAGAGGCAGCAGGGGCCACACUUCAUUUGAGAGAGCAUGAGUGUAGGCUCCCUAGCCCGACAGGCGAAGUUAAGUUUGCCCGCUUGUUCCAUGUGUCGGGUGUAGACAACACCUUGGCACAUUGCUGUCUCAAUGCUCCCGCGUUCGCGCGAUUAGUCAAAAAGGAGCGGUUAGAAGACCAGGUCUUUGUAGUUUAUGUUAGACCUGUCACUGAGGCCCAGGAAAAGGAUAGCUCCACAGAUCCAACAAUUGCCAAGCUGAUGGAAAAAUUCAAAGACUUGACUGAGUCGCCGAGAGGAGUAGUGUCGCGACCCAUCCAGCACAGGAUAGAGAUAGAGCCUGGCAGUAGAACUCCUAAGGGUGCAGUCUACAGGAUGUCCCCUAGAGAGUUAGAGGAGCUUCGCAAGCAGUUAGACGAACUCCUUGAGAAGGGUUGGAUCAGGCCCAGUUCGUCUCCUUUUGGAGCACCCGUUUUGUUUAUCCCCAAGAAGGAAGGAGAGCUUCGUAUGUGCAUAGACUAUAGGGGUUUGAAUGCGAUCACCGUGAAGAAUGCUGAGCCGCUGCCCAGGAUAGACGAUCUUUUAGAUCGGGGGCAGAGUUUAGUCUAUCUAGACGAUAUCCUAGUUUUUAGUAAGACCCUCCAGGAGCAUCAGGGUCAUCUGAGGCAGGUCUUGGAGAAGCUUAGAGAGGCUAACUUCAAGAUCAACGCGAAGAAGUGUGAGUGGGCCAAGACACAAGUUUUGUACUUGGGCCACGUAUUAGACGGAGAUGGCAUCAAGCCAGAGGACAGCAAGAUCGCGACGAUUAGAGAUUGGCCGACGCCCCGCACAUUGACAGAGUUGCAGUCGUUCCUAGACUUAGCUAACUACUAUAGGAAGUUUGUGAGGAACUUUUCCACUAUCGUCGCUCCCUUGCGCCGAUUGCUGAAGAAAAAGGCAAUCUGGCAAUGCGACAAAGACUGUACGUCUGCGCUCAAGAAGCUAAAGCGCGCGUUAAUAGAGUAUCUUGUCCUCAAAGUUGCAGAUCCGUCUUUGCCAUUUGUCGUCACCACGGACGCGAGUCAGUAUGGGAUAGGCGCCGUGUUGCAGCAAGACGACGACAAUGGCUAUAGACCCGUAAAGUUCAUGUCAGCGAGGAUGCCCUGUGAAAAGGUUGUUGCCUCCACGUACGAGAGAGAACUCUACGCUCUCAGGCAGGCUUUAGAUCAUUGGAAGCAGCAUGGGAGGCACUUCAAAGUGUAUUUGGACCACGAAACGCUUAGAUGGUUAAAGACUCAGGCCAAGAUGACACCUAAGUUGACUAGGUGGGCCGCAGAGAUAGACCAAUUCGACUUUGAGCUCAAGCCAGUGAAGGGCAAGUACAACGUAGUUGCGGAUGCUCUGAGUAGGAGAUCGGACUACUUUGGAAUUGUAGUACACUAUCUGGAUAUAGGGAGAGACCUGCAGGAGAAAGUGAGGUAAGCAUAUGCGCAGGACCCUAUCUAUAGCGACCUCCUAAAGAGAGUUAGAGAGGCCCCAGAGACUGAACCAGAUUACCGCACUACAGACAGGUUGUUGUUUGAGAAGACUAAUGUGUUUGACCGCCUGUGCGUUCCCAACAGCGAAGAGAUCCGCAGUUUGAUUUUAGGGGAAUGCCACGAUACUGAAGGGCAUUUCGGUGGCAAAAGACAUUAGCCAACCUGAUGCGUGGAUAUACCUGGCCAGAGAUGAAGAAUGACUGCACGGAGUAUGUCCGCAAUUGUAAAGUGUGCCAAAGGAAUAAGUCUACUACACGCGUGCCCCUAGGUCUUCUCAGACCCUUGCCUAUUCCGGAUCAACCGGGAGACUAUGUGUCCAUAGACUUCAUGGACACCCAAGUCAAGAGUAGACAUGGUAAGAGCCAAGUCAUGGUCGUAGUGGACCAUUUUAGUAAAUAUGCAGUUUUCGU